UAAUCAAGAUACCAAAAAAGUCUUGGUUUUUGACCGACAUUUUCUCUAUUUUUUCGGCCCUUGAGUGCCUCUAAACUCCUGUCAGCCAUGAGCUGGGCUAAGGACGAAUGGAAGGAGGGCUUGAGUGCUUAUGUACUCAAACAUAUAACCGAGUUAGAGCAGCAAAACGAAAGGAUAGUCAAGGACAACAAGCAGAAGCUCUUUCAGCUUGAAAGCUGUACUGCGGCGUUGGAAAAACAAAAAAGAUUAACAGAAGAAGAAAGAGGAAAACAUUCCACGCUAAAAAGAGAAAUCCAGUCUUUAUCUGAGUCCUGUGAUGAAGCUGAGAGGGAUAAACAAAAACUACUCCACGAAAUUCAGCUUAAAGAUGGUAAACUUAGUAGUAUUGAAGGACAACUAAACCGAGUCAAGCAAUGUUUGGAUAACGAGGUGAAUAAAGCCACACAGUUAAAAAAUGAUUUAGAAAAAAUACAAUGCGAACACACGCAGUCCCUGAAGAAGUACGAGAAACAGUCUGCUGAACUAUCUAAACUACAAGAGCACAAUUCUUUUCAAAAGAGACAACUCGAAGGUCAAACUAAUAAGAUAAAAACUUUGGAAUCUCAAUUGCGUCAUUCUGGAGACAACAGCAAUAGAUCUACUUCAUCAAGGUCGUCAAGCCAGUCUAGUAACAGUGAUGGACAAAAUAUGAAUGAUUUUGCUGAGUCUGAUCUUCAAGCCAAAUAUGAUGCUGAAGUACAACAACGGCAAAAGAUUGAACAAGAAUUAAUGCAGUUGAAAAAUCACCUUCAAAAUGGUUCACUGGAAUCAGAAAAGAUUAUUGAAGAGAAGCCAUUGAAUAAUGAUACCAUGCCUGAAAUACCUUCAACUGAAGUUCGAGAAGCAACACAACUCAAGCAACAGAUAACUGAUCUGAAAAAUUCGUUAGCAAAACUAGAGUUACAGCUUCAAUCAAGCCAAAAAGAAUUGAUGAAAAACACUGAAGUACUGCAAGAAAAAGACAUGGAAUUGACAGAAAUAAGACAGAAUUUGGAUAACAAAAUCAAAGAGUCCACUCAUGUUUCUGAGGAAUUGAUGAAGAUGACUAGCCAGUUGGAUAAAACUGUGGUACAACUUGAGGCUUCAGAGAAGAAAUCCAAGCAGUUGAGUCAAGAAUUGGAAUGCCAAAGACACAAUUCUGAGGCAGUUAUCAAAGGCCAUGAAGAAAGAUUGAAGGAAAAAGAAAAACAGUAUAGGGAAGAGGUCUCAUCCCAUGCACAAGCACUGACAGCACUAGAUAAACAACAUCAAGAACUAAUCAACAAAAUGCAACAAGAACAACACACCGCACAGUCAGCACAAAGAGAGCUUCAGGGAAAACUACACCAGAGUCUACGAGAAGCGCAACAGUUAAAGCAACAGUUAACAGACGCGAAGAAUGACGAUUCCAACAAGAACCACGCCAUGAAGGCAAAGGAUCAGACCAUUGCCGAUCUGGGACAAGAAAUCAAAUCUCUAAAACAAGAGAAAAACACCAUGCUUGUUGAGCUGGAUCGUGAAGCGACGAAUAGAAAGAAAUUGGAAGAUCAGCUGAAUGCUGCUAAGAAUGAGAUCACGCGUAAAGAAGACUGCAUCAAGAAUGCUGAUAGCAAAGCAACGGAGAAGAUAGCAGAGAUGGAGAAGAUGAGAAAACAAGCCUUGUGUGACCUCGAAAACUUGCGUACUGUGCAGACCAAGCUAGAGGCAGAGAAUAAAGAACUUAAGAAAUAUCUAGAAGCAUCAUCGUGUAGUACAGGAAAGAAGGAACAAGAAAUGGUGGAGCUGAAAGAAAAGGUAGAAGUGUAUGAGAAAGAUAUUCAGCGGCUGAAUCAAGAGUUGCAUGAACUGAAGGGGAGCAUCAGUGAGAAUAAAGAGAAGCAUUCUAAGCUCGAAGCGAAGCUAAAAGAAGCUGAGCAAAUGACCCAAGCUAAGGACAACGAUGUCAAAAACAUGUGUAACAAGGUUGAAGAACUUGAGCAAAGAUGUGGUUCACUUGUACAGGAGUUGGAGACCAAGAAAAAUGAAUAUGAUGAAAUAAAGAAGAGAAAUUCUGAAAUUCUGAGUAAACAAGAAAAUACCGAAAAGGUACUCGAAGCCAAGACAUCAGAGGUGAACAGCAUGAAGAAGUCAGUGUCCGAGAAUGAAGAUAUUCAAAGGCAACAGUAUUCAGACCAAGAAAACAAGGUCGUUCAACUUGAAAAACAACUAGUGGAAGAGGCAAAUAAAUAUGCCAAACUCCAAAGUGAAGUCCAUAAAGUUAAGGGAGAUCUUGAAGAAGAGAAAAGAACUGAAGAUGAACUGAGGAAGAAACUCAAAGAAAGCUCGCUACUCCUUCGAGAACAACAAGAAAAUGCUACUCGAAAAGAUAAAGACAUAGAAGAGCAGAAAAAGAACUUCAAGAACGAGAUGGUAGUGCUAGAAGAAAAAGUUGCUCUAAUAAAGAAAGAAAAGGAUAAGGAUAAGCAGGAGUUUUCGAGGUUGAUAAGCCAGAAAAACGAAGAACUCUUUGGGUCUUUAGAUGAACUGGAGAAGAAAAGCCACGAGGUGUCGAAGUUAAGAGAAACACAUAUUAACCUACAGAACAUGUUGACUGCACACGAACAAGAGAAAGCAAAGAUGGAGGAAUCUUUUAAAGAGCAAUGCAGGAAUACCGCCAAGAAAGAAGAAGAACUCUUGGCAAAGUGUGAAGAGCUUGAGAGAGAAAAGGCGACUUUCAGUGAGAAGGAGAAAAACCUGAACAUCGCGAACGAAGUUCUGAAACGGGACAUCAAGGCGUUACAAAAUGAUUAUAAGAAAGCGUGUGAUCUUUCUGACACAAAGUCUGAAGACUUUAAAGAAUUAGUCGAUAAGCAUGUAGCUACUACGAAAGAUUAUGAACACUGGAGGCAUCGCGCUCAGCAAGCGGAGACUGCCAUUAAAGACUACGAGCAGCGAAUCAAGGACAUUGCCGAAGAAAAGGAAACAUUACUUAAAGAACUUGCUGUGAAAGAAGAACAAAUCGAAUCGUUGAAGAAAGACUUUGACGCACUUUCAUCUGAAAAGCAAGCAUUAAUUUCAAAGGCAGAAGAGAGAUGUGGACUUUUGGCCGAAAAGAUGGACAAACAAAGUGCAGAGCUGGAAGAAAGAGCAAUGAAAAUUCAAAGCAUGGCGUCCAAGAUUAACGAACUGCAAGCUGCGUUAGAGAACUCGGAUGCCUCAUUUUUGACCCUGAAGGAAGCGUACGAAAACAAAGACAAUGUAAUACAAAAGAAAGAAUCUGAUAUAGAAGAACUUGCUGGGCAACUAAAAACAGCGGAAUCUGCAUUAAUCAAGCUGCAAGGAGAAGUGGAUGAGAAAAACAGGAGUGAUCUUGAGCAGAGGUAUCAACAGCUUGAGCUGCAGAACGAAGAACAGCGGGAGAUAAUCAAGACCAAGGAACAAGAAAUUGUACUCCACCUUAAAGAUUUGGAAAACUUAAGGAGUUGUAGCGAAGAUGAUAUUAUGAACCUGAAACAGAAGCUGGAUGGUCUUGAGAAAGACGUUUCUGAAUUGUUGGAGCAGAAAUCUCACCUGGAAAAUGCUUUAGGAUCCAAAGACAACGAGAUUGAGUCUGUAAGGAGUGAAUACCGAGAGGUAACGAAAUCUCUUACUGAAGCGCAGAAGGUGAUUCAAGACAAUAAGGAAGAGAUUGCUAGAGUAAAUGCGGUCAAGGAAGAAUUAGAGAACAAACUAAAAGCCAUUAUGGAGACAAUUCGUGUGAAAGAACAGGAAGAAGAGCGCAAGACUCAAGAAUUGGCUGAGCUACAAAACAGCUUCGAUUCAAAACUUCAAGAUAUUAACUCCAAAUCCCAAAGUGCAAAUGAAGAACUGGAAAAUCUGAAGAGCCAGGUAGCGCAAAUGGAGCAGUCCCUCGAAUUAUCCAAAAGUAAUCUUAUUCAUGCUCAAGAGGAACUCCAGGCCAAGAAUACUGAACUGCAACAGGUGCAAACAAGCUGUCAGAGCAUGAAGGAGAAGUACGAGGAGCUUAAAACGAGAAAAGAAAGUUUUAUAGAGCAGUCCCAGAAUUUGAAUUUGGCAUUGGAGAUGAAGUCCAAGGAGUUGGAGUCGAGCAGAGAAGAGCUUCAGAAACUGCAGAAUACCUAUGGUAAAGAUACAGCAGAUUAUCAGUUGAAGGAUUCCGAGGCGAAUACUAAGGUUGCUGAGUUGACAGAUGAGCUGCAACGAGUUGGCAAGAGUUUAACGAUUAAGGAAGAGGAAUUGAAAGAAGCGUUGGGGAAAGUUAGUUCCAUGGAAGAAGAAUGCGAAGCUAUUCGAGCACUGAUGGAUGACAGUGCACAGAUGGUUCUCGCCCUACAGGACCAAAACACAGCAUUAGUAGAGAAAGAACAACACUUGGUUGAAUGCCUGGAACAAAAGAAGGAACUUCAAGAAUUACAAGAGAAACAAGAAAGCUUGGAAGUAACCUGCCAAUCAUCUGGCGAACAAAUGUCUUCUGAUCUUGAGAAGAUGAAUCGAGAAAUAGAAGAGUUGAAGAUAAAGCUGUCCACCGCCUGCGAGCUUGAGGAAUCAAGACUUCAAGAAAUAGCUUCUUUGAAAAGUGGCCUGGCAAGCGAAGGAAAAGAAAAAGCUGAACUCGCAACGAAAAUGGAAAUUUUACAAAAUUCGUUUAGCAUUCUACAAGAGGAGAACGCCAAUCUUGUACAGAAAAACCAACAUUUGAUAAAAGUUGUUGAAAACAAGGAUAGCGAGCUGGAUAUGUUGAAAGCAGAGAUAGAGAAUAUCAAGGCAUCUUUGGACACUACGGCUCAGGAAUCUGUAAGCGAAAUGACCGAACUUCAAACGAAAGCAGAUGCAUUAGUCGCCAAGGUUGGACAACAAGAGGAAUUGAUAAACAUCAAAGAACAGCAAUUGAAACAACUCUCUUCCAAGUAUGAAGAGCUACAGAAGGAAUCCAACGGAUUGAGAGCAGAAUUGGAAGAAAAUAAUGCCAUGUUAGGUACCACCAAGGAAGAACUUAGUACACUUGCAAACAAAAAUGAGAUGUUGACUAAAGUGAUAGAAAACAAAAACCAAGAAUUCGAUUCCAAAUCCGUGGAGAGUCAGAAUAAUGUCAACGAGAUUGAAAAUGAAUUCCAACGUCAGAGAGAAAUUCUGUCUAACACCAGAAAAGAUCUAGACGCUGCUUUAUCAGAAAAAGAAAAGGUGUGUCAUCUGCUAGAGGCGAAGGAAAAAGAGGUACUAAAGCUGGUUCAGAUGAAUGAAGAAAACAGGGUAGAGCGAGAUGAAAUGAUACAACGACUUAGUACUGUAGAAAAUGAUUUGCAAGUAAAAUCCGAGGAGUUCAAAUGUUUAGAUGAGCAAAAAGUGCAUUUGGAAAGAAUGAUCGAGACCUUGAAUUCAGAUAAAGAGGUGUUGUUGCAAGAGGGGAAAUCUCUGAAAGGAGAAGCGGGAAUUGAGAUGGAGACAUUGAAGGUGACAAUACAAGAGAACGCAGAAAAAGUCAGACACUUGAGCGAAGAGAAGAUAAAGCUUGAAGAAAGAGUAAAACUUCGAGAAGACGAAUUACAAAAAUCCAGAGAGAAAACCAUACAGCUAGAAAAAGACCUUGAAGGUUUGACAGCUCAGAAAGAGAUCUUACAGAUGGAUUUUGAAGACAAAGAUGAGUUAAUUGAGUCAUACGAGAUACAGAUAAACCAGCUUGAGGGAAUGGUCAAGGAAAUUAAACAAAAAUCCCAAGAGAAGGAGGACAGUCACUGUAUUGUAACCAAGGACAUGGAAGUAUUAAGAUCUCAGCUUGAAGUUACGCAAAUGGACAUCGAGGACAAAGAAGGAUGUAUAGAAGAGUUGACCAGCAAGGUGAACGCCCUAGAAUCACAGGUUAAAAAUCUCAAAGACUCUACUACCAUACUCAAAGAAAACCUUGAGAACGCUCAGGCAUCUUUAGAACAGGCUUCCAUCUCGCUGGACGAGAAGACUAAAGAGUUAGAGCUCGUGAAGACUGAAUCAAGCGCCGAGAAGGAAAAGUCAGGAGAACUUGUAGAAAGUUUACAAAAGACGGUAGAGGAGCUAAGAAAAGAAAGACAGGAUUCCGAACAAAGAGUCGCAGAGAAGGAAGAGUUGGUGGCAAGCCUAAGAGAAGAAAUCCAACUCCUUAAAGUUCAGAUACAAACGCUAUGGAAAGAGAAGGAGGGUAUGCAGGCCACGUUUAGUACAACAGUAGAAUCAUUGAAACACUCUAAGGAGUCUGCAGAAACGAACCUAGAAGAAUUGGAAAAACAAUUGACAAUGACUGCAGGAGAAAUGGAAAGCUAUAAGAACGAGCUGAAUGCACUUCAAACAAGUAUAGCAACGGAACGAAGCAAUCUACUGUGUAGUAACCAAGAAAUGACUGCCCAAAAAGAAUUAGCCCAGAAGGAGAUAAAAGAAGUCCUUGAAAAGCUCCAAGAGACUGAGGAAGAUCUUGGUAGGACAAGGGACGAGCUGAGCAAGGCAAUAGAGGAUAAAGAAGUCUCGGAGAAUAUGCUUGUUGCAGUGGAUGGCAAUUUGCAGACGUUUAAACAAUUGGUCAUCGAGAAAGAACAACGAGUGACAGAACUCGAAAGUUUAUUAGCUGGUAAGGAAGAUGAAGUAGUCAAGCUGAAUGAACUUUCUACUUCUCAAGAAGAAGAGCUUGUAAAGUUGAGGGAAGGAGUGAAUGAGAACAGCCAAGCGAGAGACGCUAUAGUCAAAGAACUCAAAGCUAAAGUAAAAGAAGUCCAAGAAUCUAUGAAGAUGGAGAUUGAGAAUGUGAACGAGGAAUACAAAGUGCAAAUCGAAGAGCUGCAGAAAAGCCAACAGAUUUCCAUAGAAAAUGCAGGACAGCAAAAAACUGUGAUAAUAGAGAUGGAAAAUACCAUGACAAGCCGUAAACAAGAGAUCGUAGAACUGAACCAGGUUAUUGAAUCGAAAUCUGCUGCGCUUGAAGCUAAAAUACUGGAGUUGGAAAAUCUAAAAGUUGAAUGCGAGAAGCUUCAGUCCACACGCGAAAACGUUGAACGAGAUCUUUAUACUGAAGUUGAAGGCCUUAAAAAUGAAAUCCAAGCUAAAGAGGAAGCUGUCAAACGUAUGGAAGAAAAARUAUCGAAUCUUUCUAUGGAUUCCGAGAGCAAAAACGAAGAAAAUAUAAUGGCGUUGUCUUCUGCUAGACAAGAAAACAAGGACCUUCAAGACAGAGUACAAUCAUUGUUAUCCAGCCUUGAAACUGUUGAAGAUGAGCUUAGAAAGAACUGCCUGCGCGUGGAAGAGUUGGAACGGAUUUUACAAGAAACUAAGGAUUUGAAUAUUGCGGAGUACUCGAAGCUGCAASACAAACUGAAAGAGGUAGAGGAGAGCAAAGCUGAAAUUGAGAGGAAGAUCCACCAGGACAAAGAUGAGGUUCUGAACGAAAUGAGCAAGAAGGACAAGGAGUUGACAGAUGCUUURAAUUAUGAGAAAGAACAAAACACAAGCUUGCAGGAAGAGCUGGAUAAAGUGAGAGAUAGGGUGACCAGUUUAAUGCAGACGGUUGAUGAACUUCAGAAGGAACACCAAGGAAAAGUUCUAGAUUUGAAUGCCCAGCUUGAGGAAUCGAGGCAGAGCUACAAGAUGUCCUGCAACAGAGUUGAAGAGCUAUUGGAAGAGAAGCGUGCGCAAUACGAUGCGAUGAUGCUAGCAGAAAGAGAGAGCAACCAAGCUAGAACUGAACUAGAGAAGGAGAUUUCUACCAGCAAACAGCAUGCAAAGACGYUCAAAGAAGAAUUAGACGGGUUUAAACAGAACCUAGAGAAACUGGAAAACGAAAAAAAUUCGCAGGAAGAAAAGCAUAAGAAAAUGGAAACGAGCUUCCAGACAAUGGAACAAAAUUUGAAAGAAUGUGAUAUGAAAUACCAAGAUGAGAUAACUGAACUCUCGAGCCUGCUAGAGACAACCGAGUCAGAAUUGAGAAAGACAGUCGCUGAAAAAGACCAAGUCUCUUCAAUGUUCGAACGAUGUAAAAAAGAAUUGGAUGACACAGUUGCAAGGUUGGAUUGUGUGGAGAAAGAAAAUGAAAAUGCCGAGGUGUUGACAAGACAAACCGUUGAAAUGAAAGGCAUGAUUGAAUUACUGGAAGAGCAAAUAAUGACUUUGAAGGGWGAAAAUGCUGAACUUCUUAGCAAAGUCGAGGAAGAGAGACAGAUCGUUAGUGAGUUGAAAGCACGAAUGGUAACUCUAGAACAGGAUAUCAGCCUUGAAAAAUCACAACAAGAACUAAAUUCUAAUCAACUCAAGGAAAUGAUUGAAGAAUUGGAAAAGAAAAACUCUGAGUUGAACGAAAAGAUUCUGUCAUCGUCUGACAACAGCGAGGAAAAACUGAGAUACACUAACGAGAAAUUGGAAAAAAUAACUGAAGAAAAAGAAGCAAUUGGAAAGCAACUCGAAGAAAAGUGCACAUACGCGAUACAGCUUGAGGAAUCGAACGACGAGCUACUUGAAGUCAAUGAAAAGCUCUGUCAGAAGAUCGAGACAUUAGAAGAACAUCUGCAACAGAAGAUAGAUGAGAUAACAAGUCAUCGUGGUGAAACAAGUAGUGCUAAUCAAGAUUAUGAAGAUGCGUUACAUGAGUUAGUAAAUGUACGGCAAGAAUCGUCCGAAGCUAUCGAAAAACGCGAUGAAAAGAUUAGCAGCUUGACUCACCGCCUGCAAGACACCCAGAAAUCCUUGGACGAGAUGUCAAUUGAAAAGAAACAAUUGGUACGCGAAAAAGAAGACUUGCUGGAUCAAAUAAGUUCGGCUAAACAGAUGAGRGAAGAAGCUCAAAGAAGAGCCGAAGAAAACCUAGUAGGAAGACAAGACCAAAGCGUACUGAUAGACGACAAGAAUACCCAGAUAACAGAACUGAACAACGAGAUUAAUACCCUACAACAGUCCCUUGAAGCUAAGCAACGAGAAUUCGAUGAAAUGAAGGCCUUCUUUGACUCAGCCAAUGAAGAUCUUGAUGUGCUGUGCGAACAGAGAGCAGAAGAAAUCCAGAAAAUGAAGAAAGAAGCUAAGAUAACGCGCGAAGAGGUGCAAGAUCUCGAGAGAAAAUUGAGAGAGAAGGAAGACGAGGUUGAGAGCUUGUCUGAUCAGAUCCUCAAUGUUACAAACCAACUAGAUAGCCUCACUCAARUACACGAAUCCUGCAAAGAUUAUGAAMCUAGAAUGGAGACUCUCAAACAAGAUGUCRAACAAGCGGAAUAUGCUCUUGURCAAGAAAAAAAGAAUUCAGAAGCCWUGUUAAARUCGUUCGAAGAGAGAGAGUCACAAUGGGAGGAAGAAAGAGAAAAACUAGUGUCCUCUGCUGAUAUGGAUAACCAAUAUUUAAAAACAGAAUCAAGUCUCCGUUUUGAAUUGUCCCGCGCUGAAAAUGAAAUAAAGCAGCUAGAAAGUUCUUUGAGGUCUAAAGACGAUGAGCUGACAGCGCUACAGCGGUCUAAUGAAGAGARCGCUUCAGUAAACAAAGAACUUGAAUCACAAUUCAAAUCUAAGAUCGCGGAUCUUGAACAAAAGUACGAGGAAUUGAAGUACGAGAUGAAACAAAAAGAAGAAGAGUUGUUCGUACUCCAGGAGAAGUUAAGUGAAAAAGAAGCCCAAGUUGAAAGUAUGGAAAAGAAGUUGACUUGCUCGGAGGAAAUAGAGUUGGAAUUACGUCAUCACUUGGGUGACGUCACACAGCAGUUAGAGAAGUUGCGUGAAGCAAGUAUGGAAGAGAAUACGAGCAGUGAUGAAAUGGAAAWACUGCGCAAAGAGCUAAAGGAUGCUUUGGAACAGAUUACCGGUCUCAAAGAAGACGCUGAAAAAAGAGACGCUCAGUUUGAAGAAGAAAAAUCCCAAAUCGUUGAAGCUGCCAAAGAAUUUGCUGUAAAACGAGAAGACGAAUUUGAACAGCAGAUAGUAUCAAAAGAAGAACAAAUAAACUCUGUAGAAAAUCAGCUAAACCAGCUUAAACAUCAACUCCAGUUAGCACAAGAAUCCCAGAAAGCGCUGCUUGAAGCUGCUGACGAGAGAGAACGAGAAUACGAACAGGCAAGGAAUAAAAUGCAAGACGGCAGCUUGACACACGGCAAAUUUGUCCAACUCUCGCUGCAACUUAAAUCUGAAAAGCAAAAAGUUCAGCAGUUGGAAGAAAACUGUAAGAGAUUGCAAGAGAUAAUUGAUGAAGGGCAGUUAACGAUGUCUGCAUUGCAGAAACAACUAGAUGGGAUGAACAAAAACCGCAAUAAUGAACAGAAAGGACUUGAAGCUGAAGUCAAUGCGCUAAACGACGAAAUCAAAUCCGUUGAAGCCGAACUUAAGCAAGCAAGAGACGCUCUCUCCAAGGAAAAAACACGUGUGAAAGAAUUAACAGUUGAAAAUGAAAACUUUCAGAUAACCUUGAAGGAAUUCCAGAGUUUAGCACAGAGGGAGAGAGUACAUUCUUCUGAAACUGAAGAAGAAUGCAAGGUAUURAAAGAACAGCUGAAUGGGAUGAUGAGCGCGAAAAGCGAGGCUGACAUGGAAAAAGAGGAAUUGAUCGUCAGUGAGUCGAAUGAGAAAGUGAAGUUGAGAGAAAUUGAACGACAACUKGAAGAGCUUCACGCUCAACUUGAAACUGAGACGCAGCUCAAGAAAGAGCUCGAAGAAAAAGUAGAUAAAUUGAAAGCAGAAUCGAGGGAGAAAAUGGAAAGUUUGGAUGCUGUUAAAGAAGAAAAACUAAAGUUGCAAGAACAGAUAAAAUCUCUAGAGAAAGAAGGCCAAAAAGCCCAGAAAGAGAAUGAAGAGCUGGCUAAACUUUUCAAAGAACUUGAGACAAUUUACUAUGAGAAGGAGAAAGAACUGGCAGAAGCGAACAAGAAGCUCAAGAAAGUUGAAGAAGAGCUUGCGAGGUUGUGUAAAGACCGCGAGGAAGAAGUCGAGUUCUUGAAGGURCAGCUGUUGCUGGCAGAAGAGAAGUGUUCGAAUUUGCGCCGAGAGCUUGAAGAAGCGCAAUCUAGAGGUUCAAACACGCAUGAUAACUCAGUACAAGAUUCCACAACUGAAGUUAUGAAGCUAAAAGCGCGAGUACAGGAGCUUGAAGCCAGKUAUAACAAGUCUAAGGCAUCUGUUGCUAAACUAGAUGGUGAACUGUGUCCYCUUCGAUGUAAGGUCUCAGAACUAGAGGACGAGAAUACGUCACUGAAGCUGAGACUAAAGACUAAACGUGGUGAUGAACCAGUAGAUAUUACUAGCAGAGGAUUACAAGAGAAGGUACAAACGUUAGAAGAAAAUCUAUCCAAAGAGAAAAGCCGAGCCGACGAAGAAACGAAAAAAUUCCACGAAACWGUCGACGAAUACCACGCCUUCAUUAAGAAGUACAAAAAUCUAGAACGACAGAAUACUAGUUUACAAAGACGACUUCAAUUUGCAACAGAAAAGCUAAAGAAGAAAAAUGAGCCAGCUGAUAAUGGUAAUAGCGAACCAGUCGAUGCAUCGCCUGAAGUUACCAGCCCAGAGAUUAAACAAUUUGCAACUGUUAGUUCAACGAACACAGCAAGUAUGUUGUCACCUCUAGCACGAUCCAUGUCAUCAUUGGGUAUCGCUACCGCAUCGUCUACUGUGACGACGGCCGCAAUCACCGACAACAAGCAUCUGCCAGCAAAAACCCUUGUUCCUCCUCCAAGACCAGUAGUUCAGGAAUCGGCUUUGCCUAUUCGUCCUGUCAGUAAAUUGAAUAAAAGAGUCGCUGAACGAGAAACGUACAGUGUACCAAAGCGUCAUCGACUCACAAGUCAAGGGGACUCGGUGUCCGGGACAUCCGCGCACCAGGAACCAAAUACAGCAGCAUGUAACAGCCCCGAAAGCGAACUCCCUGAGGGACUACCCGAGAUUGUAAGCAUGGGCUUCAAUGACAUCYCUGAUGUUCCAAUCAAAUCUCCAUUUAUCUUGAGAAGAACGACCACUCAGCUGCCUCGUCCAGAUAAAUCAUCACUGGAUAAACAAGGAAUUCGAACGAGAAGUCAGAUCGCUAGAGUAACACAGAAAACACAUAUACCAACAAUGAACCGCGCUACUGCGAAGGAAAAUCCCUCCGGUCUUCGAUCUCCACCUCGCGGGCCCUCUCGUCUAGUAGCACCACAGACAGUCCUGUCUCCCCGUAAAACUAACAUCCCAAGACCAUCAGAGGGACCAACACCGAAGAAAGCUCAUCUAUCGUCUAAUGUUGGUACUAAACGACCUGGUCAGUCCAGGGCAUCUAGACGGUCACUAGGAAAACAUGUGGCACCUCGUGGUUCUUCCCUCAAGCAGCCCAUGAAGAUCAAACCAUUAGAAGGAUCUCCUGCAAGACCGAGUGAAGACGACCCCGACAAAUGCGCCAUGCAGUAAUGAUAGCACGCUAAUGAAAGACAUCUUCUCGUACGGUUUUGUUAGCUUAUURCAAAAAGAUAUCCCGUUUGAUUGUUAUGCUUUUUACAUCGAAAAAUAAAUGCUCGCUCGAAAAUGCGAAUACUCUUCCAUAAUUGUACAUAAAAAAGGCACACUUUAUUUGCUUUCAUUUACGAUAUUGUAGCUUUAAAUUUCGAUUUUUAAAUUUAGCUUGGUUAUCCUAUUUGCUUGUACGGCUUGUUGUGAAUGUUACUUAUCAUCUUAUCUAGCUAAUGCGUUACUGCUUUUAGGCCUUAACCCAAGUGGGUCUUAGUACCCAAAAAGACAAUAUAUUGGGGGAAAUGUUUUCAUGGCUUCAAGGCCGCCAUGAUGGAGGGCAGAAACAAUAAGCAAUUUUUGGAUGACAGAAGAUUUGAAUUWCCAAAAGGGAACAUUUCUAUAGUUUUGCCCUUCAACAUGGCUGUCGUGAAGUUGCUCUGUUUAAAGCCAUCUUUGCAACGCCGCUCUUAGUCUCGGACGAUGAAUGAAAUAGAUGUUUUAGCGGGAAAUAUUUCAGUAUAUCUUGACUAAGUUGAUCUUCCUUUCAAUUUCGUAUGCGACUAAGAAAGACACAGGAAAACGAGGACAGAGAAUAUACAUAUAUUUCAUGUAGUUACAGUAUUAUUCGAUAUUUGUAAAUAUUAAUAAAUAAUUUCAACAUAUGUGAGCAUUA